AUGGAACGUAUCGACACCCACAGCCAUGCCAUCCCGGCUCGAUGGCGGCAGCAUUGUAUGGACUUGGGCUAUGGCGACACUGACGGCAUCUCGAUGGUACAGGACUGGACGGUCGAGGCGCACCUGGCGACCAUGGACAAGGCCAAGAUCUCGAAGAGCAUAUUGAGCAUCACCUCGCCCGGCACGCACCUGAAACCCGGGGACGACGCCUUUGCCCGCCAGCUGACUCGCGAAACCAACGAGGACCUCGCCGAGAUCUGUGCAGCACACCCGGACCGAUUUGCCUUCUUUGCAAGCCUGCCACUACCGGAUGUUGAGGGCUCACUCGCCGAGAUCGACUAUGCCUUGGACCGACUCGGUGCCGUCGGCUUCUCGGUCAUGACGAACGCACACGCCGUGUACCUGGGCGAUCCCGCACUGGACAGGGUCUUCGAGAAGCUGAACUCGCGACGCGCCGUGGUCAUGAUGCAUCCAACCUGCUGCCGCGUGAAUCUUCCCGUCGCAAACGGUGUGGGUGUCGCUCCGCGGGCGGUCGCUCCGCUGACGCAGUACCCGCGACCCAUGCUCGAGUUCCUGUUCGACACGACCCGCGCCGUCAGCAACCUGAUCCUUUCGGGCACCGUGGCGCGAUACCAGUCCAUCACCUUCGUCGUCCCGCAUUGCGGCGCCGCCUUGCCGCCCGUGAUCGAGCGAUGUGUCGGGUACACGCCCCGCACUGUCAGUCCCAGCGUGCCCAUCACCAGCGACGACGUCAAACACCUGUUCAAGACGCGCUUCUUCUUCGACCUCGCGGGAUACCCAUUCCCGGACCAGAUCCACGGCCUGCUGCGCUUCACGGAGCCGUCCAGGCUUCUGUACGGGACGGACUACCCCUUUUACAAGGCCGAGGCGGUGUAUCGGCUCAGCGGGAUCAUGGAGCAGCGGGCGCCGGAGAUAUUUGACGACGAGACGAGAAAGGGCAUCUUUGGCGCGAACGCGAGGAGGCUGCUAUGGCCUAAAUUGAAAAGCCAUGCUUAG